GAGCCCGCGACGCGGGCGGCGCGCACAGGCCGGUCCCCUCUCUGCGAGUGUCAGACGGUGCUCGGGAGGCGGACAGAGUCGCCAUGGAGUCCGCCCGGAGCCGUCUGUCGGCCGUGGUACCGCUCCUUCUACUGGGGGUGGUGGCGUGGCAGCUGCCCCAGAUCGGAGCCAUGAGGAACUUUUGCCCGAUGAUGGUGGAGAAGCGUGUCUCGUGUCUGGAGAAGAACGGGACGGAGGAGUACCGGGUGCCCGACCCGCGCUGUCACCUCACCCGAAACUACCACGACUGCCAGCAGACUGUCGUGCGUCACAAGCCCAAGUACGUGAAGGCCUUCAAAACGGUGAAGGUUCUGGGCACCGGCUGCUGCCCCGGAUUCGAGGGACCUCAGUGCAAAGAGGCCUGUUUCAACUGCACCGACUUCAGUGACCUGGUGAGCCGACUGACGACCCUGGAGCAGUUUGUCGGCAUCAGGACCGGGGAGCGGCCUCAGUCGGCGCGACCCGACUCGCCAGCGUCUCCGCCAUUCACCGGUCUGGACGCCCCCGCCGGCGACUCUCCGCCGUUCGAGGAGCCGCGGCCGCCGGCUCCCGUCUCCCCGACAGGCCCCGUGUCGCCGCCGGGAGGACGGGAGUGCUCCUGUCCACCGGGACCCUUCGGUCCGCCGGGCCCGCCCGGCCCUCCGGGACGGGACGGCGCCACCGGUCUGCCGGGCCCGCCGGGACCCGAGGGCCCCGCCGGAGAGCCCGGCAGGGACGGUUUUCCGGGCCUCAGUGGGCCCGUCGGACCCGAGGGACCCCCCGGAGCCCCCGGACUGCCAGGAGCGUCAGGUGGCCGAUCGGGCGGCCAGCCGCGCGGUGAUAUGGGCGGCCCGGCGCUGGACCGUCCCGUCCCCGAAUACUCGGUGCCGGGCUCGCCGGGACUGCCGGGCCCGAUGGGUCGGCCCGGGCCGGCCGGACCGCCCGGCCAGCCCGGCAUUAGGGGAGAGCCGGGCCUGGCGGGUCUGCCCGGCGUGAAGGGCGAGGCAGGCCAGCCAGGUCUGCCCGGACCCGUCGGCCAGAAGGGCGAGAUGGGUCUGCAGGGUCUGCGGGGCCCGCCCGGAGACCCCGGUCUGUCGGGUCUGUCCGGACCCAAGGGAGACCCGGGCGAGCCCGGACCGCCCGGACUGCCCGGUGCGCCCGGCGGCGACGGAGCAGCGGCAGGUGCGGGCGGCCCGCCGUCGAGCGAACUAGCCGAGAGGAUGGCUGGCCUCGAGGCUAUGGUGCAACUGCUCGAAGAGAAGGUGAACGAACUCAGAGACUCGGUAGAGCUGGCAGCUCCCGGCCAGACCGUGGCGCCCGGCUUCCAGACCUACGAGUACGACGAGGACGGGUUCCAAGCCACCACCGAGGACUACGGAGACUACUACGGAGACUACACGGGCAGCGACGACUACACCGAGUACGAAUUCCAGGACGGCGCGGACCCGCAGUCCCGCCGGAAGCGCCGUCCCUCCGCGCGCCGUGGCAGGUCGGGCCGACUCAGGGCACGGGCCAACGCGCACCUGAGGAGGAGCGGCGGUGCGGGCUGGCGGCGGGGGGUCAGUCAGAUCAACACUCACCACGCAGCCAGGAACCAGGCGUAGGGAGGGGGCUCUCGAGGGAGGCUCCGGCAGGCAGAGAAGGGCGGCCCGGGCAGAGAAGUGUGCCCGCAUGGAUUGCAGAGAGAUUGGCAGAAACGGUAAACGUUGGUCCGGCAUUUGGCCAAUGAUUUAUGCGCUUUUAUGGAAGGAAAGCGGGUGCUAGAACUUUGAGAUGAGGACAGGGUCAAUGCUGGACGGAAAGUUUUUGGUCAGCCUUCUGCGGGUUUUCAUCGGGAAGAUUUGCUGAAGAAGUGCUCUCACUCACUGACAAUGUGCUGCAUUUACAUUUAGCGCUUUUUUACGUAAUGAAGUGUUAACAAUUUACACUGCCAGCGAAACCGAUCUGUUCCAUUACUGUUCCAGCCUGUUUUGCUUAAUUCUUAAACAUGUUCCCUGGAGGGAAUAACCGAUGCGUGUGGCGAAAAUAUAACAUGAAAACAAGCUGUUUUA